AAGAAAAGGUAUCAGUCGCGGAGGGUAACAGGUUGAAUGACGGAGCUGUGUCGCCGAGGGUUUGUUUUUUUAUUUUUUUUUUAAUGAGACUUGAAAACAACGACAAGAGAGAAAAGAUACCGCAAGAAAAACGCUUAUAACGUCGCUUAUAGCAAGGGACCCACCAUAAAAGACAUCUCUUCUUUUCGAAGGAGGAGCGGAUCGGUGACUUCGAUCGGCAGACAGGAUGAGCGGCAGAACCGAUCCCGCGGACCGGAAGGCGCCGGUGGAUCAUGGGGUCCAGAUCCGCUUCAUCAACGACCUGCACGAGCCCGGGGGCGUGGUCGCGGGCCGGCGGCGGAGUGGCGGGCGAGGAGGCUCCUCCUCUUCCUCGUACGGCGUUGCGGUGCGCGUGCAGGGCAUCGCGGGGCAGCCCUACGUGGUGCUGAAGGAGGGCGAGAAAGGGGACUCCUACGGGGUGCAGCUGAAAAGCGGGGCGCCCCAGAGGCAGGGCUCCCGGACCAGACCGGCACAGAUAAAGAGCCAUGGCUUCCUGAGACACCCGGGACUUUCUGAGCGGCCUGAGAAACCCAGACUCUCUUCGCUCUCCGGCGAGGCCUUCAGGCUGAUCGGGGGCUGGUUGAAUCGCGUGUGCCCACCUGCCCUCUCGCCUGGCUCUUCCAGGCUGACCCAGUUGCGGAUGGACCGGGAGGCGGCGGAGGCCCGGGUCCGAGACCUGGAGGACCAGCUGGCGGGGCUGCAGGAGGAACUGCGCAGGGAGGCGGACUCCGGCGCCGAGAGGGACGCGCUGGCAACGGAGCUGGUGUCUCUGCGUGCCGAGAUGGCCGAGGCCGGGGCGGCGAGGCAGAGGCAGGAGGAGGCCCUGAGGCAGCGGGAGAGGGAGCUGACCGCCCUGAAGGGGGCGCUGAAGGAGGAGGUGUCCUCCCACGACCGGGAGAUCGACCAGCUCCGGCAGCAGUACCAGGCCGACAUAGACAAGCUGAGGAGCAACGUGGAGCAGGUCUCCAUGUCCCAGCUGAGCGUCGAGGCCGAGCGACAGAAGGUCAACACCACGGUCAAGUCUUUGCAGAAGCAGCUGGAGGAGAGCAAUGACGAGACCAGCCACUGGAGGGAGCAGUGCAACAGGCUCAAGGAGGAGCUGCGCGCCACCAAGCAAGAGCUGCUGCAGGCGCGCCUGGAGAAGGAGGAGUUCGAGGAGGAGCUGGGGGAGCUGCAGGAGAGGCUGUCCUCCAUGAGCGCCCAGCUGGAUCAGCUACAGAGCAGCAGCCCGGACCCGGCCCAGACGGAGCGCCUGACGCAGGAGCUGCAGCGUUGCCGCGACGACCUCCUCCACGCCCAAUCGGAGCUCAGUGACAGGGAGGGGGAGAUAGCCAGGAAGAGGGCGGAGCUGCUGUCCCUGAAGAGGACCUAUCAGGAGCAGGAGGCGGGGCAUGACCGGGAGAUUGACAGACUGACAGGCCAACACCAGCGAGAGAAGGAAGACUUGUUGAGGUCAUUGGAGCAGGCGAAGCAGCUCGGCCAGGAGAGGGAGCAGCUGAGCCAGCGGCUGCAGGAGGAGGGCCGGCAGAGGGAGCAGCUGCGCCGGGGGAAGGGCGAGCUGGAGGAGCAGAAGAGGCUGCUGGACCGCGCCCUGGAGAAGCUCAACAAGGAGAUGGACCAGAUGGCGUCGGAGUCGCACGGCGCGGUGGCGGCGCUCCAGGCCCAGCUGGACGAGUAUCGGGAGAAAUCCCGGCGGGAGCUGCAGGAGGCCCAGAGGCAGAGCAAGGACAAGCUGGGAGAGCUGGAGAAGCUGCAGGGCGCCUUGAGGAUCCUGCAGGAGGAGGGGGCCCGUCUAAAGAAGGAGCUGCAGCUGGCCUCCGAGGAGAGGGACAAUGCCGUCCUGGACAAGGAGCUGCUGACCAACAAGCUGAAAAGCCUGGAGGCCGAGCUGGAGGCCAAGAAGAGCUCCCACACGGACCGCUCGCGAGAGAUCCGCGCCCUGGAGGACAAGGCCAAGCGUCUAGAGAUGGAGCUGGAAGAGGAGAGGACGAGCGCGGAGCUGCUGACGGAGCGCAUCAGCCGCAGCCGAGACCAGAUUGACCAGCUGCGCGCUGAGCUGAUGCAGGAGCGAUCGUCCAAGCAGGACCUCGAGCUGGACAAGGCCUCCAUGGAGAGACAGCUGAAGGAGCUGCGAGGACGGCUGUCGGACCUGGAGGGGCACCAGAGGCCCUCGGCCAACCUGGCCCAGCUGGAGUCUCGGAUCCAGGAGCUGGAGGACCGUCUGCAGAGCGAGGAGAGGGAGAAGAGCAGCCUGCAGUCCAGCCAGCGGCGGCUGGAGAGGAAGGUGAAGGAGCUGACCAUCCAGCUGGACGAGGAGAGGACGCAGUUCAAUGACCAGAAGGACCAGCUGGCCCUGAAGGUCAAGGCCCUGAAGCGGCGGGUGGACGAGGGCGAGGGCGAGGUCGAGCGGCUGGAGGCGGCGCGCAGGAAGGCCCUGCGGGAGCUGGAGGAGCAGCAGGAGCGCCGGGAGCAGCUGGAGGGCAAGGUCACGGCGCUGGAGAAAGAGCUCUGGAGGAAGUCCCAGUCCCAGCGCUCCGUCCUGGACUCCACGGCGCUCAGCUCCGACGAAGAAGAGGGCUCGUAUGGCCCGUCCAGUAUCACCUCCAUCCUGACCGAAGGCAACCUGCAGACCAGCUCUUGCUAGCGGCCUCCUGUCCCUCUGACCUCUCACCUCUGACCUCUGCACUGGUCUCCCUCUUCUUUCUGCUCAGCCUUUCCAUGCUGGACAACUCGGAUACCAACCUCUCAGAGGUGCUGUGGUUUUUAAACUGGGGCGCUAUGUAUCCCUUGUACAAACCACGCAGUGCUACAGAAAAAGGCACUGUACGGCCACUAAUUCGUUUUUAAAUUAUUUGUAGUCUAUCCUUUGGCUUUUUAAUGUUUUCGCCCCAGGGGGCUGCCAACACUGGCGUUGCCCCUUUUCAGCUACGACACAAGUCCUUGUUUUAGCUGGCGUUGCGCACGACCAUGGUCAAUGGCUUCUUGUUCAAUAGCAGGUAGGUACGUAGAGGUCAAAGGGCUUUGCCUGCAGGCCCUGAGGUCAGGAGGUUCUCAUAGACUGGUCUGUUCUGGUCCUGCAAUGAUGCACAUUUUCUAACUUGAAGUUUAUUAGAUGAUUUGUGGUGGUGGAAUCACGGCUAUAUAUAUAUACAGAAUACGUACACGGUGUCACAUUACAGAACACCCGUGUUUGAAGCGAGAUUGCUCACUGAUUUAUGAAGGGUAAUAAGUGUUGUGAAUAAUUGUUCAUGUCCUGAUUUGGCCUUUCUGUGUCUCCUCUGUUUUCCUGAGCUGUUGCUUGAGUCCUUGUAGGUAGCAGGACUAGGUGGGGGGUGAGACCCCUCUCUGUGGCCACAAGCGCACACGCACCCUCUUCCCCCUUGUGCUCUGCACGCCUGCUCGCGUCUGGGGAUCCCACUUUUUAUUUAAAAAAAAAAGCUGAUUAAAGCUUUAGAAGGAGACCGAUUUUACAUUUUUUAAAAAUAUUUUUUUUUAAUUCAAAAUGCAAGUUUUUGGCUCGCAUUUGGACUUUGAAACAUUGCAGGAACAAAACUGCGACAGAGGGAGCUCGAGAGCAACCUCAGCGCAGCUCACGUCUGUCGGCGUGCGUGAUGCGUCUUCGAGCGACGCAUGUGGGGCGCCCCCUAGUGUAACUCCAGGCCCUGCACAAGGUCACAGUCCCCACAAAUAAAAACACCUUCGUUUUCAAGGUGCUGAAACGGCACAGUUCCACAGGAAAGAAGUUGUUCUGGCUUUUAAUGAAAGCUGUAAGCCACUUUGUAAAAUAUUUGUACUCACCUCUCGAGACACGGCACACAGGUGUGUCGAUACUCCAAGACCUGCGCUCUGCAAAAUCCUGAACUGAGCAGCAUGAAAAACACUAGGCUUUCUAAUCCCUGUGGAAUUCAGUGCAGUCACUGGGAUUGCACUGGAUUCUCCCAGAAACUGGUAUCCAGCUGUUUUAUUUCUCUUCUGCUAUUUCUGGGAUAUUCCUGCAGGCAGUGUCGAGCUUGGCUUGCAGAAGCUUAAACAGGUCACGCACUCUGCUCUGCUGUGUAUUCCUGGAGCAGGAUCGAACUGUACAUUCUUUUCACUCAAAUGCCUUACUGUCAUCAUCCUCAAUGUAUUUUUUUAUUUUAAAUAAAAAUGAUUACUGCUA